AUGACCAAACGGUAUACAAUUGCUAAUGCACCCUUUGACGACACGGCGACCUCGGACUUCUUCAUACUCACCUCCGACGACGUCAAGUUCCUUGUCCAUCGUCUGGUCUUUUCCCUCACUUCGCCGAGGUUGCACAACCUGAUAGAAGGCGUGAAAUUCCUCGAGAUGCCUGAGUCAUCGUUGAUCUGGGACAACUUCCUGCGACUCUGCUAUCCUGUUGCCGAGCCUGCGCUCACUCUGGACGACGCAGAACAGCUGCUGUCGAUCGCGUGCGCGUACGAAGCGACCUGCGUCAUAUCGCGCAUGCGCAACGUCCUCGUCCGCCCGGAGUACCUGGAGAAGGAGCCGCACCGGGUGUAUGCGCUAGCACUGUUCUCCGGUAUGGACGACCUGGCGGCGGUCGCUGCCCGACACACCCUACGUCACCCUGCAACACUUCCUACGUUCCCGGAGGCACGGCGCCUGCGCGGGGAUGCGCUGGUCAGCCUUCUUCAGUACCGCGAACUGUGCGCGGGAGCUGCCAAGGAGGUCGUGAAGAUCAAAGACGAGACCAUCCCCGCGUGGAUUGUUGCGGAGACACGGCAGCAGUGCUUCUUUCUGUAUUGCGACAAGGGGUGGGCGUGCUGGACGACGCAGAGGAAGCUUUGGUGGAAGGGCGCGGCAUUUGGGGUGAGGUACAUCUCGAAGUACUGGUUGACGUACAUGGAGAGCGUGGAAGCGGCGCUGGGGGAGAGGCCGGAUGGGAGCGUGGCGCGUACGCAGACGUUUAUUGACAAGGCGAUUGAGGCGGCGGCGGAUUGCAAGAGGUGUAGGAAGUUAGCAAGCAGGGAUUUGGACAGCUUCUCGAGGAUCCUGGAGGAGGAGAUCAAUAAGGCGAUUACAACUGUCCAACUUGAUGUGAAGCUUGAAGCUUAA